AAACAGCAAUCGCCCCAUCAACAGACUAUGCGGCAACAGCAGUCGAAAAGACAUCAGCCACAAUUACCACCACAUCAUCCAACACCGCUCCAACAACAAAUGCAUCAACCAUAUCAACAGCAGCACCAGCCCCAGUUGCUAGGCGAUCCGUUUGCUGCAACACACGAUGCACCAGCUAGUCUCCAAUCUAGACUACAACAGCAACAGAUUUCACAAUUGGAGUCACAGCCACCGCCGACGUCAACGCCCACCCAGAUCCUAACACAGACGCAAACAGCGAUUCAGUCACAGUUGCAACCUCAGUCGCAGACACAAUCGCAGCAACAGCCAUUACCACAACAGUAUCAGCAACAACAACGGCAGCAGUCAACGCAGCGUGAAGCACAGCUGCCAAUAACGCAGCUGUCUAUGUCUCAAGCGCACAUUUCGUCACCCAUGGCGUCCAGCCCAAUGGUGACAGCGCAACAACAGCUACUUCAGCAUCAAUCGCUACAAAUCCAGCAACAGCAGGCGCCGCCGUCGCAACUAAAUCAAAAUGCAGCGCGCAGCAACAGACAACAAUACAAUUCGAUGCCACACCUGCAGGCAUUCCACGGCGGCCUGCACUCGUAUCUGAUGCGUCGCCAACAACAUGCUGAAGUCGCAACACAACAAAAAUCCGCAAGAGCAAACAAACGGAAGAAUCGUGAUCCCGAUAACCUCUUCUUGCUCUCACUCUACGAGGAGAUCAAACGUGUGCUCGAAGAGAUACGACUCGAUGUCAAGGGCGAACUUAUACUGGUGCUCAAAAAAUACAAGAAAAAACCACCGGUGAAACAGCAGAAACGCCAAUCUUAA